AUGACAGUUCCUAUUCUUCACCUAAUCAAUCAUUAUGAAAUCAGUGUACCGUUAUACUACAGUUUCAUCAUCUAUUCGAUAUACAUUUUCAUACCGACUUCUAAUUUUGUUGGCAGCCUUCUAUUGGGCUUGCUGGUGUCGACAUCUUACAUUGCUUUGUUUAUUUUGAUAACUUAUAAUUUGCGAGCUGAUGGUAGUGCGUUCAUUGAUAGCCAGAAAAUUGUGUAUGAAAGCCUGUUUAUGAUGGGUAUCAAUAUCCUGGGCUUAUUUUUUCGCCUCUCACGUGAGUUAGCCAUUCGUACAACUUUUAUCAACAAACGGAAUUGCAUUGAGGAGAAUUUGCUACUGCAGGCCGCAAAAACCCAAGAGAGCGUACUUCUCUUGACAAUGAUUCCAUCACAAAUAGCUGAUAAAAUGAAGGAAGAUAUAAAGCUGCGGGUCAAAUAUAGUACGACGAGCAGGAAAUCGUCAAUAGUAAAGGAAACAAGACUAUAUCGAAAACUUUUCAUUGAACCACAUGAUGACGUCACAAUUCUGUAUGCGGAUAUGGUCAACUACACUUAUCUAACAACUACUUUGGAUGUGAGAACUCUUGUGGAAACUCUGCACGAUCUCUUUGUUAAAUUCGACGAUGCAGCGCUAGAGUUUAAUGUGCUGCGUAUACAGUUCUUAGGUGAUUGCUAUUACUGUGUGGGAAACGUUUCAAUACCCAAUGAGGAGCAUGCCAUAGCCUGUGUGAAACUCGGUUUGCGAAUGAUCAGCGAUAUUCGGCAAGAAAGAAGGAGUAAAAACUUGGAAAUCGAUAUGCGCAUCGGCGUGCAUACGGGCAGCGUUAUGUCUGGCGUUAUUGGCGCCGCCAAAUGGCAAUUUGAUAUCUACUCCAAAGACGUUGAUAUCGCGAAUCGCCUGGAAAGCACUGGCCAACCCGGUCGGGUACACGUAAGUCGCGAGACACUACGAAACUUGUACGACAGUUUUGAAUUUGAAGCGGGCACCGAGCAAGCGCGCCACGAUCCCUUACUGCAAAAGUAUAGAAUCCAAACAUAUCUAAUACAGUUUAAUAAACACCCGUCACCACUUGUAAGCGAACAAUCAUUAAAUGAAUUGAUUGUGCAGACUCAAAGUAUGACAUCUCUAGAUUGCGAUCGCUUCAAAUACGAAAAUGAGCAGAUCGAAAUACUCUUAUUUCAGGAUGGCAUGAAAGCCGAUCUGUGUUUCAAUACCUGGGCUGUCACCGAAUGCAUAAUUUUGAAUUUAUUCAUCAACUUUCUAUUCUCGCACAUUACCUACAUCAUUAAGUUAGUCGUGGGUGUAGCUGUUCUAAGCUUCUACGUCAUUCUUAUGCUUGUAAUGUACGAUUUCAUCUACGAGCGCAGUCUCAGCUCCAAUAGCCAUCUCUACCCGGAAUAUGCGCACGUAUUUGUGUUGUGCGUAUCGCUUUUCGUAUUCAAUAUAAUGAACAGACAGAAAGAACUCAUAGUUAGAGUGGAUUAUUAUUGGAAGCGUGCAUUGAAGAAAAAACAAGACGACGCUAAAUUUACAAACGACACUAUUUCGAAGCUAAUUAGUAAUAUUUUGCCUUCGCAUAUCGUCGAUAUUUAUAUGGGCAAUCAGCUGCAGAACAAACUCUAUUACGAAGAAUAUUCCAACGUUGCUGUCAUGUUUGCCACCAUUCUUAAUUAUGACAUCGAAGUGGUGGGCAUGCGCGUGUUGAACGAAAUCAUUUGCGACUUCGACGAAGUGCUAAGCUUCUUCAAAGGCGUCAAUAAAAUCGAAAAAAUUAAAGUCGCAGGCUGGACGUAUAUGGCUGCUUGCGGUUUGCACACAACCGGCACAGGGCAUAGGAGAUCGACGGCAACAAUUGAUGACAGUUCGUUUUCGCUUUCACAAAAAUGGCGCAAAGAGCAGUGGACAGCCGAACUUAACAAUAAAAAUCAAAUAUUUGAUUACGAUAACGAGUAUGAUAGGCCUUCUACCAGCGACGCGGCGCCACGCCGCUCGGUAAGGAUGCUCAACGAUGAAGAAGAGCCAGUAACCAAUGAUGAUGUUGUGUAUGUUAUGGCGAGAUUUGCAUUGGAUCUGCUGCGCGCUAUGCGAUUCUUUAACAAGAGUAACAUCUACAGUAAUGAAGAGAAUCCAAUGGCAGGUGAUUUACGUAUUGGCAUUGCGACUGGCCCUGUUAUGGCUGGCGUCGUCGGCUUAUACAAACCUCAUUAUGAUAUUUGGGGCAACGCUGUGAAUAUGGCUUCGCGUAUGGAUUCUACAGGGAUACCUAAUCAAAUCCAAGUCACAGAGCAAAUUGCCAAUACAUUGGAAAGGCAUAAAAUUCAGUGUUCUUAUAGGGGAAAAACGUAUGUGAAAGGACGUGGCUCUAUUCCCACAUAUGUCAUAGAUAUUGACGAAGACUUGAAUUUUGAAAAGUUCUCAAUAACAGACGAUUAAA